AUGCAGAGAAUCGUUUACAAUGGGCACAAGAGAGUACAUGCUAUCAAGUUUCGGUCGGUUGCUAUACCUAAUGGGCUCAUUGCCAAUAUGUUUGGCCCUGUGGGUAAGUGCAAUUGAACAAUAUUACUUUAACACCAUCAGCAAAAAUAUGGCUAGCAUUGAUUUGAAUAACCUGAUGCAGUUUUUUUUUAAAGGUCAUGGCUAAAAUUUAAUGAAAAGUCAUUUGCUUAUAUACGGCAGUAUAUAAAAAGUACUGCUUGAUCUUACAAGUUUGGAGCAAAUGUAAGAACAAAAGAUCACUACUAUCACUUCUGUUGCUGUAUAUUAAAAUUAGGAAGUUGAUCAAUAUAGUAAGUAGCUUAAGUUUAUUAAGUUUUAUUACUUUGCUUUUUUUUCUCUACUUUAGAGGGUAAGAGGCAUGAUGCAGCGAUGUUGCAUGAUUCUGGGCCACUUCAUGACCUGGAAGCCUAUGCCUACUCAGUAACAGGGCUAACAAUGUGUUUAUAUGGCGACCCUGCUUACCCCCUCAGAGUCCAUCUUCAGGGGCCAUUCCGGAACCCCCACCUUACUCCCUUGAUGGAAGCAUACAACAGUUCAAUGAGUUCAGUAAGGGUGUCUGUAGAGUGGUUAUUUGGAGAUAUCAUAGAA